AGCUAACGCUUCAUUUGGGUCUGCCAGCUACCGCGCGUUGCUGCCGCAGCGUUCGUUUGAGCCAUGGCUGCUCUACGUGCGCACAAAAGCAGCCAGGAGAGCUCACCCUCUCGAUUCGUUGCUCUGCCGCAGGAGCUGCAGAUUCGUUGCGUCGAAUUCCUCGCGCUGGGUGAUGCCGCUUCGCUAGCGAAGCAGCUAUCCAAAGGCACGCGCACCGCGGCGCGGCGCGCCCUCACCCGCGGCCGCUGGCGCCCCGUCUGCGAGGUGGCGCGAAACGGAAAAGCGACCAUCGAAGGCGUCAUGGGCAGUUAUAUGACCGAUAACGGUACGCCUCUGGGGCGCGCGAGGACCUGGCAGGAGCGACUGGCCGGAUUGUCCGACGCGUCGCGGGCUCUCUUCCGGGAGGCCUGGGCGCUCGAGCCGGCCGAGGUACUCUUCAUCCUCCUUUUGUGGACGAGGGACUCCUACCAUGAGGCCUACCUCUUCCUCUGUCUCGUGGAGCCGUCUACCGAUGGCUUGCGCCGCAUCCUUGCCGCGUGCGAAUACUCGCACCGCGAGUUUGCGCGCCGCGCCGGCCACAGCGGCCGGCCCUCGCUCGCCGAAGAUGCUGAAGAACGGGAGUGCCACCCCGGCGAUCUCGUGGCCGCUUGGUCGCGGGCCAUUGGCGCGCCGCUCUUUUUCCACCAGCAGCCGAAUCUGCUCGGCGACGAGCUGGAGUGCUGGGAGGACCCGGCGCAGGCGGCGGGCUUCGUCUUGGACAUGAGCGGUGAAUAUGGCCAGGUGUGGCUCGACGAAACUAUGUAUGGAGGGAUCCCGAAUUACAUCAUCGACAAGGCGCGGGCGUACUGCGCGCGCUGGGAAGACCAGACCAAGGCGGCCGCCUUCAUCUAUCCCUUCAUGAAGAUCCAGUUCGCGGCCGACGAGUUGGAAAAUGAUUUCAGCGCCAACUUUGGAACGUGAUUUCAGCAGUCGGCGCUGAUCCCGCCGGCCUGGGAGUCGCGCGUGGCGGAUCCGCAUCUACCGCUUGGAGGCGUGUGCGU